AUGACACUAACAGAUUUUAUUUCUCAGGAUGUGAUGUUAUUACUAUUGGUUGUUACGUUACGGAAUACCGAGCCCCGUCUACAGGACCAGUCCGUCACAGACAGGACGGAAUCUCACGUGCAGAACCAGCUGUUGAAAUGCAUCGCAACUACCGCCGACAGAUACUUCGAGGCAGGAACUACUGUGGUGACAUCACUACCUAGCGAGGGUCACAUGGAAGCUCAACGGGACUGUUCACCGUUCACACAUGGUAUAACACUCUUAUUACAAGAGCUCCAUGGAAAGCUGAAGUGGCCAGUUAUCACGUCACAAGGCAGCGCCAGUCAGCGUUAUUACCACAAGAGGUAUAACUACAUCCUCUGGGCUUCCGAUACUGUCAGAAAGCAGCUGGAAGGUCUAUCAUUUGGAAAAAUCUUGAAUCCUAGAGGUCGUUUCAUUGUUGUACUGAACACAAUUCAUACAAANUGUAUAACACUCUUGUUACAAGAGCUCCAUGGAAAGCUGAAGUGGCCAGUUAUCACGUCGCAAGGCAGCGCCAGUCAGCGUUAUUACCACAAGAGGUACAACUACAUCCUCUGGACUUCCGAUACUGUCAGAAAGCAGCUGGAAGGUCUAUCAUUUGGAAAAUUCUUGAAUCCUAGAGGUCGUUUCAUUGUUGUACUGAACACAAUUCAUACAAAUCCGCGACAACGUGUGCGUUUUAUCCUGAAGGAACUGAAGAAGAAGAAGAUUCUGAAUGCAAUAGUAUUGGUCUCAGCCAAUAGAACUCAGCAUACACUAGACAUAUAUUCUUGGUUCCCAUACAAACCUCCAACAGGCAAUUGUGGAAAAAUACGUGCCGUGGACCUUAUGGAGCAAUGGAUAAUGCAUAAAGGUGGAUAUUUCUCAAGGACUGUCUCUCUGUUUCCAACAAAAAUCCCGCGUGAUCUAAGAAAAUGUCCUCUGGCUGUGACUACAUUUCCUUUUCCACCAUUUACCAUUCCUGGACGUCAUGCGAACCUGCCCUAUGAAGGCGGCUUUGAAAUCCGUCUCCUAGAAUUCAUGGCUGACGCAAUGAACUUCUCACUCAUGUACAGGUCCCCUCCGCCUGGGCUGUGGGGACGCAAACUUGAAAACGGUUCCUGGACAGGAAUGUGCAGCGACUUGAAGCGGGGCAGGGCAGACAUUGGGCUGGCUGGGACUGUAUUGGAAAAGGACGUAAUAAUCCAUCUGGACUUCACUGAGAGUCAUGGUUCACUAGGCUUCAAGUGGGUUGUGCCGUGUGCCAGAUCUUACCCUCGAUGGAAAAGCAUAACGAGAGUGUACUCGCUGGCAGCCUGGCUAUUCAUUUUCGUGACCAUUCUACUUGCUGCUAUUGUAUUGUCGUGCCUGGCGAAGGACGGGGAUCAGGAAGUAUCAGAGUACAAGACGCUGACUGGAUGCUUGCUCUGCAGCUGGGCAGUGGUCCUCAGUGUUUCCGCAGGUUCAGUUCCUAUCUCUGCAUCUGUGAGAUCUUUUUUUAUCCUUUGGGUCUGGUAUAGCCUAGCGAUCAAUACCUUGUUCCAGACAUUCGUCACGAGCUACCUCAUUGAUCCAGGACUUCAAAAGCAGAUGGAAAGUGUAAAAGACGUUUUGGAGUCUGGUGUUCAGUAUGGGUUUCACCCAGAUUUGAAUGACAAAUUGUUGGAUGAAUCGGAUGAAUUGAUUACAGAUAUUAUCCGUCACAGAGAGCCUUGUAAUGAUGUUGAACUUUGCACCGAGAGAGUUGCAGAACGUGGUGAUUUCGUGACAAUUAGUAAUCAUCACAGGAUUCAAUAUCUUAACACUUAUAAGCACCUGGAUGACAAUGGGAAACCACUUCUAUGUACAUUUGGUGAAAAUGUUAUCCUUAGUUUCAAGACAUUUUACCUACCCCAGGGAAGCCCACUGUUAGAUCACUUUAACCGUGCUGUGAGGGCAGCAAUGCUGGCCGGCUUGGUGGAACAUUGGUGGCAAAGUGAACUGGUCAUCUCAAGGAUUAAAGCUGGGUCAAUAAGAACAAUUUCUCCACUCGACAACUACUCCGUAAUAAUCUUGACGUAUCUACAAUCAGCCUUCUACCUUCUUGUCCUCGGAUACGGAGUUUCCUUGCUCGUCUUUGCAGGCGAACUGUUUCGUCGCAGUUUCUUGGUUCGCAGUGGACGCCGGAAAUGAACUGUGAGCUUCGUCAAGCUAACUCCAGGCUACUGGUAUUUAUGAUGCUACAUCUAAGCCCACUGACACCUUGCUUUCGUCGAUCUGUCUAACUAUAGUUCCUUUAUUGUGAGUCCUCCCACAUUAAUGUCGUCGUGUUUAGGUUUUUUUUUUUGCCAGUACAGGUCUGCUUGAAGAACCUAAACCUGUUAUGCUGUCCUCUGUCUGACAGUAUUCGACUGGAUGUUUUAUAGUCUUGGUUUCUUACUUGUCUUAAUUUGUCACCUUCUCUUGGUCCUUCUUCUAUUUUCACGGUAUUUCACGGUAUUUAGGGAGGACAGUAACAAACAAAAAUUUGAUUCAGGACGAAAUUAAGGGGAGAUUCAAUUCGGAUACUUGCUACCAUUCAGUCCAGAAUAUUCUAUCUUCUCGUCUGCAGUCUAAAAACGUAAAAAUUA